UCACCGCCAGGUUCGCUAGUAUUUUUGAUUUGAAUUAAUUCAAGUUGGUUUUGUGUGCAAUGAUCUGGCAACUCGCGUUCUCACUCGCGUUGACGGGGUGCUGUUUUCUCACUCAUCGAAGGAAAUUUUGAUUAGAGUGAGAAAGUAAGGAACAGUCAGCGCGGGAACCGUGUGCGGUACUAUAGGUGCGGCAGAAAGAAUGUAGUCGACUCCUUCGUUCUCACGGUGUUCUUACGCAUGAUCCAACGUUACGUCACACUAGAUUAUGCAUAAGAACGUCGUGAGCAAAGUUUGUAUGUUUGGGAGCCUCUUGCAUUCAACUCGCAUUCGUCCUCGAGUUCGUGUGGAAGCCAUUCAGAGCGGAGGUGGCCAGGAGCGUGGCAUUCGAAGUGGAACCGUUCCGACUCCACUGGUCGUUGGAUUGGGGGAAGCCUGUGAAAUCGCUAGCCGUGAAAUGGAGUACGAUCACAAAUGGAUGGAGUUCCUCUCGAAACGCCUGAUGGACCAAAUCUUCGCAUCGCUACCGAAAGUCAUCCGCAAUGGCGAUCCAGUUCAUUCUUAUCCCGGAUGUAUCAAUCUGUCGUUUGCAUACGUUGAGGGUGAAUCGCUGUUGAUGGCGCUGAAAGACGUUGCCCUCUCGAGUGGGUCGGCUUGCACUUCGGCUUCACUAGAACCGUCGUAUGUGCUGCGUGCGAUUGGUGCCGACGAAGAUCUGGCUCACAGCUCGAUUCGCUUUGGCAUCGGACGGUUUACCACCAUCGAGGAAAUCGACUACAUAGCUGAAAAGUGCAUCAAGCACGUGACUCGACUCCGAGAGAUGUCCCCGCUGUGGGAGAUGGUCCAGGAAGGUAUCGACAUCAAGUCGAUCCAGUGGUCGCAGCAUUAGAGCGGACGGGUCGGGGCAUAUUUUAAAGAGAGAUUUGAUUUUGUAUGUUCUGCUGUGUAUGGUUGAAUUCAGUGAGGGUUUUUUUUUAAUUGUUAAUCAUUGAUUGUGUUAUUAACACAUCCACUUUUGGUAGUAAGUAGGUAUUGAGACGAGAGAAAAAUAAUGUAUAGCUUUGCUACAUAUGCUAUUAGAGACAGCAAUAAAUCUUAAGACAGUGAAAUCAUUGUGAGUAUUUCAUCAUUCACUUGGCGAAAAAACUUCCUAUCAGCGAUUGUUUGAAAUAGUAUAAACUUUGUUAGUUCCCGUCAAGGACGGCGUUGUUACGACUACGCUAAAUUCGCAAAUCUGAGGUAUUCGUGGACUGCCAUCUCAGAUUUGCUUUGGCGCGGAUUAGUUCCACUUAGGGUUAAUUCAACUAAGUUUCGAUUCUAAUUAUUUGAAGACUCCAGGAAAAUCUACGUUUAGAAAGACCUUCUAUUAUUUAAUAAAGAAGUAAAGCAGUAAAGUUAUUAAUAGUUGGUUGGGCAAGCUAAAAUAUCAUUUAAAAAAAUGUGUUCAAUGUCGAUAAGCUUUCCGCAAAAUCCGCACUUCAAAAGCUAUAAAACCGCACAAAAUUUGCGACACUUGUAACAGCCCUGCAGUUGGCUUCGGCGUGCCAGAGAAUACCUAAUCCACCUAACCGGACCUGAAGAAACGGAAAGGAGCGCGACUGGGAUUAGACGGGCUAGCCUUAUGAAGCUCUCUACUGACAUACAAUAUAGCAUGGUUGCAGCAACCUUAUAUUUCACCUAUUUGUCCCUAAAGAUCACUAAUUUACACCCGACACCCUAGGUAGGAUAAUGUCAUCGCAAAUAACAACAAUUCCCGUUGAAUACAUAGUGCGAAAAAUGCUCUUGA